AUGAAGAAGAGCAGGAGCGUGCUAGCGGUGACGCCGGGCGAUAAGAGCAAAGAUUACCCGGACUGUAAGGAGCCCCUCGGAUACGCCUCCUCAGGACACACGCUGGGCGUAGACCUCCGCAGGGGGCGCAGGCGUCACUCUGGCACCCUGCUGCUGCCGCCGUUGUCAUGGAGACAGGCAGAGAGGUCACGGACCCCUGAGGAGGAUCCCGUGUCCAGACCCACGACCCUGGCGUUUGUCGCCCCGCCCCGUAUCGACAUCACCCCUGUGGCUCAAGAGAGUUUCAAUGUGGAGAAUGGUCCUCCAGGAAGCUGCAGUCCCCUGGAGUCUCAGGUCUCUCCAGGCUCAGGUCUGGUCCUCCACCCAGGUAUCUCCAGUCACAGCCAGCGCAGGGAGUCCUUCCUCUACCGCUCGGACAGUGACUACGAGCUCUCCCCCAAGUCCAUGUCCCGAAACUCCUCCAUCGUGGGCGAGCUACAUAGUGAAGAUUUGAUUGUUACACCAUUUGCACAAGUACUGGCAAGUCUACGCACUGUGAGAAACAAUGUCAGCAUCUUAACCAAUGUACAGUGUCCUUCUAGCAAGAGGUCCCCUGUGGCUGGACAGCCUCCAGGGACACAGGUUUGUCUGUCAGAAGACUCUUACCAGAAGCUGGCUGUGGAGACCAUGGAGGAGCUGGACUGGUGCCUGGACCAGCUGGAAACCAUCCAGACGUACCGCUCGGUCAGCGACAUGGCCUCCAACAAGUUCAAGAGGAUGCUGAAUCGAGAACUGACGCAUCUGUCAGAAAUGAGUCGCUCUGGAAACCAGGUGUCUGAAUACAUCUCAAGCACAUUUUUAGACAAACAGAAUGAGCUGGAGAUCCCGUCACCUCCACCCAAAUCGAGAGAGAGGAAGAGGAGGCAGCAGCAACAGCAGCUGAUGACUCAAAUCAGUGGGGUGAGGAAAGUCACGCACGGCCCUGGACUCUCUGGGGGUGGUGGCCCCGCCCGCUUCGGGGUCAAGACCGACCUGGAGGACCUGCUCGCCAAGGACCUUGAGGAUAUUAACAAGUGGGGUUUGAACAUCUUUAGGGUGGCCGAGCAUUCCCAUCGGCGUCCUCUCACCUGCAUCAUGUUCGCCAUUUUUCAGGAGAGAGACUUGAUGAAGACUUUCAAAAUCCCCAUGGACACCUUUGUGACAUACAUGAUGACACUGGAGGAUCACUACCACUCGGAUGUGGCCUAUCAUAACAGCCUUCACGCUGCAGACGUGGCCCAGUCCACACACAUUCUGCUCUCCACUCCUGCUCUGGAUGCGGUCUUCACUGACCUGGAGAUACUGGCAGCCAUUUUUGCAGCCGCAAUCCACGACGUGGACCACCCAGGCGUCUCCAACCAGUUCCUAAUUAAUACCAACUCUGAGUUGGCCCUCAUGUAUAACGAUGAGUCAGUUUUGGAGAAUCACCACUUGGCUGUAGGCUUCAAACUCCUACAGGGAGAGAACUGCGACAUCUUCCAGAACCUCUCGAAGAAACAGCGACAGACCCUCCGGAGGAUGGUCAUCGACAUGGUACUUGCUACGGACAUGUCCAAACACAUGAGUUUACUGGCGGACUUGAAGACCAUGGUGGAAACCAAGAAGGUGACAAGCUCUGGUGUGCUACUGCUGGAUAACUACACAGACAGGAUACAGGUGCUGCGUAACAUGGUUCACUGUGCCGACCUGAGUAACCCCACCAAGUCUCUGGACCUGUACCGCCAAUGGACCGACCGAAUCAUGGAGGAGUUUUUCCAGCAAGGUGACCGGGAGAGAGAGAGAGGCAUGGAGAUCAGCCCGAUGUGUGACAAACACACUGCCUCAGUGGAGAAGUCCCAGGUUGGUUUUAUUGACUACAUUGUGCACCCGUUGUGGGAGACGUGGGCUGACCUGGUCCACCCCGAUGCCCAGGAUAUUCUGGACACCCUGGAGGAAAACAGGAACUGGUACCACAGCAUGAUCCCCCAGAGCCCGUCUCCGCCGUUUUACGAACAGAGCGGAAUGGGAGACGCCGCUGACAAGUUUCAGUUUGAACUGACCUUGGACACAGACGAGGGUGAGGAAGGUACCCAGCGCUACCUGCACCAUCCGGAAGGAUCCACAGAGACAUCCAGCAUGGAAAUAGUCACGGAAGCCCUGACGUCGCUCUCUUCUGCCGACACAUAACGCCCCGACCCACGGGUCAGAGUGUCAUGUCAGUUUUAAACCAUGCGACAGAGGCCUAACGUGCUCCUGCUGUUUGAUUGGCCUUUUGGGAGGCGUAACGUGCUCCUGCUGUUUGAUUGGCCUUUUGGGAGGCCCUGAACGGUCCAGACAAGCAAGGCUGGAAUCCUGCUUUUGUCUCAGAGCCCACGCUAGCGUGAAGGUUUUCUCAGAAGUGAGUUUUGGAAUUUGGAGGAAUCCUACCGAGGUGACUUGGACUUGAUUUUAGAGACUUAGUCGCCGGAGGAGAGAAGGGUCUAAGGAAGGUUUCUUUCUUACGUGUUAUGAAGGACUGAUCAACCAGAAUCAGGAUUUCUGAUUCAGAGAGCUGUGACUGAUGUUUCAGUCGUUUUUGAAGAACAACUACUGACUCUACAAAUGCUUCUAUUGGAGAAGGGUUUACCUUUUUUUGUAAAACUAUUCAAAGACUUUCUCUGACUUUUUGUACAUUUGUCUGUUUUGUAAAGAUUUUUUUUUGUAAAGUAUAGGCUCCAGCAACACUUUGACACACGUGUUAUGUACAAAGUGACUCAUUUUUC